UUUCGAAAUGGAAAGACUAAAAACAAGUUGUCAUUUCGACGAUAGCAUACACGUAUUAAUGAAAUAUAGAAACUUAGAAACUUUUAUAUGGAGAUUUUGACUAUGUUUUAGUCUUGAUACAAUUUCUUUUAUAAUUAUCUAAUCAUGACUUUCCAACACCCCUCCCCCACCAACAGCCUGCGAGAAGAGGUAUAUAUAAAUUCAUACACGGACUUCUAAUUAUCCAAAUUCUUAUCUUCUCUGCACUUAGCUUAAUUAAUUCUCUUUCUAAAAAAACAUAUUUGCAGCGAAAAGGGACUUAGGGAGAUGGGAAAUUGUCUGAAUAAACGGGGAUCGUCAUCCAUGGUGUGGGCUGCAGAAGAUGAUGAGGAUGAGUGGGAAUGGGAAUCGCAAGAAACGAAAGCUCAGAAGACUGGCAAUGGAAAUAGCAGCAGGUUGGUGGUAGGCGGCGGAGGUGACGAUAAAAACAGUAGCGCCGCCGCGCCGUCUACGUCGUUGAAGAUCACGAUCUCAAAGAAGCAGCUCGAGCAGCUGCUUGGGCUGGUGAGAAAAGGGGAGAAUAGCACUUGUAAUCAAGAGGAUCAAAUACUCUUAUCACGAUUGUUGGCGGAUUCCGGUAGUAGUACCGAUCAGCACGGCGGAGAUAUGGUGGUGCGCCAACGAUCAUGGAGGCCGCGUUUGCAAAGCAUUCCCGAACUCAAUUGAACAUAUUCAAUUCAUGUACAUUACAUACCUAUAGUCAUCGACGUGUAGGCUAAUUGCUUGAAUUGGUUGAUGAUGAAUCUGACUAUUAUUGGCGAGAUUGUCAUUUGUUAAUUAAUAGUCCAUCCAGGUUGUUGUAUCUAAUUUUAGCGCCAGAUUUAUGAGUAAUAUGAUUUUUUAAUGUAUGUUCGUGUUAAUCUUUCAAAUUCAUUGAGAUAUGCAAUGUCUAUCUAUGUCAAGUUGGAGUAUGAUAUCAAAGUAAGAUGAUGCCAA